AUGUUUUUUGAGCAGGAGGAGGCCAGGGGACAGACAGUGAGAGGGGACAGUGAGGCUCGUGGCCAAGGUGUCUUAGCUCCCUUGGAAAGACUGGAGACUCAAAUGAACAGAUCGCAGAAACGCCUGAAAGAGCGAGCUGAGGAAAAGGAUCUUAAAGCCAGAAUUCACAAGCUGAGGCUUGUGCGGGAUCAGCUGCGGGCCGAAGUAAAGCGGCGUGAGUCCACCGUGCAAGCAUCUGGCGCUGGCGUGGAGCCUGGCCCGCCCUUGGCGGUGAGCACGCAAGAGACUUUGGAAAGAAAAGAGGAAACGGUGAAAGCCCUUCUGCAGGCCUAUCGCUUCACAGGGCUCAGUGCCAAGAUGACCAGCAGGGGCGUCUGCGUCUGCAUCAGCACCACCUUCGAAGGGAACCUGCUGGAAUCCUAUUUUGUGGACAUUGAGAUCCAGAAGCCACUUCGGAUACAUCACCAUUCAGUCCCACCCUUCAUCCCCCUGGAGCAGCUGUCUGCAAAGUAUUUACAGACUGACAUUCAGCACUUCCUGUUUCGCCUCCACGAGUACCUAAAUGCUUACUCUGGAAGGAAGUACCAGGCAGACCGACUUCAGAGUGACUUUGCAGCCUUUCUGGUCGGGCCCCCGCAGAGAAACGCGCUGUGCAACUUGCUGACCUUUACUUACAAAGUGGAGCCCAAGAGCCCGUCCUCCCCAUUCUGCGCCAGACUGGUGUACAAGGACCUCGCUGAGUCCCUGCCCACUGCCGUCACUGUCACUGCUCAAGGUAAGAGGCGCCCUGGGGACGGGGCGGCCUGUGCGCUGGGCCCCUCCUGGGAGGAACAGCAGGCAGCCCACGAGGACCUGUUCAGGACCAAGCCGCUGCACCAUGUGUUUGCUGCGUUCUCGAAGGAAGGAGAGAAGAUGUACGCGAUUUUGGCCUCCUAG